AUGGCGGCGGUGCUGGCGCGCGGGUUGGCGCGCGUCUGGGUGGCGCGGGCGCGCGCCGGGCAGCGCUGCCGCUGCGCGGCCGGCGGGCAGGACGGAGAAGUGGGCAAGGCGCAGCGGGCGGCCGCCGGGGUGGGGACGGAGCCCACCAUCUUCAGCCGGAUCAUAGAUCGCAGCGUGCCGGCCACCAUCCUGUACGAGGAUGAUGAGUGCCUGGUGUUCCGCGACGUGGCUCCGCAGGCGCCCGUCCACUUCCUAGUGAUCCCCAAGCGCCCCAUCCCUCGGCUGAGCCGCGUGGGUCCGCAGGAUGCGCAGCUCCUGGGACACCUGAUGGUGGUGGCAGCACGCACGGCGCAGGCAGAGGGGCUGUCUGACGGCUACCGCCUGGUUAUCAACGACGGGAAGCACGGUGCCCAGUCGGUGUACCACUUGCACCUCCACGUGCUGGGCGGACGGCAGAUGAACUGGCCCCCCGGCUGAAGUUCCCCGCCCUCCCCCAGGUCCCCCCGCAAUAAAGUUUCUUGGGGACACGCAGUGGAUUUUCUGGCUCUGUUUUGUGGUGACUUCCUCAGGGAUGGGAGUUGGUUUUAAGUUCUGACCCAUGCUGCACUGUACAUCCCAGACCAUGCACAGAUGUGCAAAACGUUACAUUGCACAGAGGAGACCCACUAUGCAUCCAACACUUGGCAAAAUGUUGCAUUGCACAGUGCAGGCCAUGCA